GGCGAGGCCCGGGCCAGGACCGGUCCGGGCUCGUCCGGCCGCCCUCUCGGCGCUCGGGCCCGCUCCGAGUCCUGGGAGGGCUCAGGGCGCCUGGACUUGGUGCGAGGGCGCGGAGUGCGGCAGCCGGGCUGAGAUGCGGGUCUCAGCGAGAGCCACCCUCCGCGCAGGGACGGCCUCACACCGGAGGAGCGGGGUGGGAUCCGGCCGCGCCCACCCCAAAUCUCUGGUCAGGCCUGACCAG